AUGACCCCAACCCAGCAAAAGUAUUCAAUCUACGAUCAAGAAUUGUUGGCUCUCAUAUCGGCGUUAGACAAAUGGAGACACUUAUUGCGCAGUGCGAAAGUUACGGUGUACACGGACCACCAGGCCCUCACCUUCCUCCAACGCUUGAGCUCACAGAAGCCCUUGCGGGGCCGAACUGCACGUUGGCUAGAUUUCCUUGCGGAAUUCUCAGAUCUCACUAUCACCUACCUUCAGGGAGCGAAAAAUAAGGUGGCAGACGCGCUGUCUCGGCACCCUCGGCACGGUAGUGGGGAACCUAACAGAGUACAAAAUCUACUAGCUUCAAUGGUUCAACGCCAAGGGACCCCAGCAGCGCAGCCUCAUUACUCGACUCGGCUUGUCACGGGGUCGGUGCCUCAUCCGGACUUUCGCGCGAUGAUAGGGCGGCGUCUGCCCACGAGGCAACAACGGAAAAGUGGAUCGGAGUCACAACAGGCAGCGGGAUCGGCCGGCACGAACGAAUCGCAUCAGCCAACGAUAUCGGCUGGUGCAAAGGAGUCGCACCUGGGAGCGGGAUCGGUUGAUGCGAAUGAGUCGCAGCAGGCAACGGGCUCGGGUGAUUAUGGCCGAAGCUCCUACGACUCCUGA